CUCAGGUCAGCAGUUCGAGACCAGCCCGGCCAACAUGGUGAAAGCCCCGUCUCUACUAAAAAUACAAAAAUUAGCUGGGCAUGGUGGCGCGCGCCUGUAAUCCCAGCUACCUGGGAGGCAGAGACAGGAGAAUCGCUUGAACCUGGGAGGCAGAAGUUGCAGUGAGCGAAGAUCACUCCACUGCACUCCAGUCUGGGCAACAGAACGAGACUCCGUUUCAAAAAUUAAAUAAAUAAAAAUAAAACAUAGCUUCGUGUUGUUUUGGUCCUUAAAAAGGCAAAUAAAUUUAACAUCCCAAUGUCGCGGAUUCACAGAACGAACACUUUUUAUUAAUAACUAUACUUGGUUUUGUUUUCAGCUGUCGUUAUUUGUGCAACAACAUUAAAAAACAAGCAGAAAUAAAACAUUCACGGGACGGAUCCGACCGCAGAUUGCGAGAGCUGUCUUUUCAAUCAGCCACCAACAGCGGCGGCACACAAUUUGCGCGUAGGCAACUCUAAUGCCCGCCCCAGCGCGCCCUACACUUUGCGCAGGCGCAGAUCCUAACUUUGGCGUCCUUGUGGGCGGCCUUCGUGUGAGACGCAUAGUAUUCUGGGAACGCUGGAGACGGAAGUUAAUUCGUCUAUAGCUCCAGACGCUGGUGGCUUCUGUGCGCUCUUUUGUCUUUUCGGUUUCUAGAGUUAGGAACUCGGGAAUCUUUUGGCAGUAUGUACGACGCGGAUGAGGAUAUGCAGUAUGAUGAGGAUGAUGAUGAAAUCACUCCGGAUUUGUGGCAAGAAGCAUGCUGGAUUGUAAUCAGUUCCUAUUUUGAUGAGAAAGGGUUGGUCAGACAACAGCUGGAUUCUUUUGAUGAGUUUAUUCAGAUGUCUGUUCAAAGAAUUGUGGAAGAUGCUCCACCUAUAGACCUACAAGCUGAAGCUCAGCAUGCUAGUGGAGAAGUUGAAGAACCGCCAAGAUAUUUACUGAAGUUUGAACAAAUUUAUCUUUCCAAGCCUACCCAUUGGGAAAGAGAUGGUGCUCCUUCACCAAUGAUGCCCAAUGAAGCUAGAUUAAGAAAUCUCACGUAUUCUGCUCCACUUUAUGUCGAUAUAACAAAAACAGUCAUUAAAGAAGGUGAAGAACAACUUCAGACUCAACAUCAGAAAACUUUUAUAGGAAAAAUUCCAAUUAUGUUGCGGUCAACUUACUGCCUUUUGAAUGGCUUGACAGAUCGUGAUCUUUGUGAGUUAAAUGAAUGUCCUUUGGAUCCUGGUGGCUAUUUCAUUAUUAAUGGAUCAGAAAAGGUUCUGAUUGCCCAAGAGAAAAUGGCAACAAACACAGUUUAUGUGUUUGCCAAAAAGGAUUCUAAAUAUGCCUACACAGGAGAGUGUAGAUCCUGUCUGGAGAAUUCUUCCCGACCCACCAGUACUAUAUGGGUUAGCAUGCUGGCAAGAGGAGGACAGGGUGCAAAAAAGAGUGCUAUUGGUCAGCGCAUUGUGGCAACUCUACCAUAUAUCAAGCAAGAAGUUCCCAUCAUUAUUGUGUUCAGAGCAUUAGGUUUUGUGUCUGACAGAGAUAUUUUAGAACACAUUAUUUAUGAUUUUGAAGAUCCAGAGAUGAUGGAAAUGGUUAAACCUUCUCUUGAUGAAGCUUUUGUCAUCCAAGAACAGAAUGUUGCACUAAAUUUCAUUGGUUCAAGAGGGGCAAAGCCUGGUGUUACUAAAGAGAAAAGAAUUAAAUAUGCAAAGGAAGUUUUACAAAAAGAAAUGCUCCCUCAUGUUGGUGUCAGUGAUUUUUGUGAGACCAAAAAAGCCUAUUUCUUGGGAUAUAUGGUUCAUAGGUUACUUCUAGCAGCUUUGGGUAGAAGAGAACUAGACGACAGAGAUCACUAUGGAAACAAGAGAUUGGAUCUUGCUGGGCCGUUGCUUGCAUUUUUAUUUAGAGGUAUGUUUAAGAAUUUACUUAAAGAAGUGCGAAUCUAUGCACAGAAAUUUAUUGAUCGAGGAAAGGAUUUUAACUUGGAGUUGGCGAUUAAAACACGGAUUAUAUCUGAUGGCCUAAAAUACUCGUUAGCUACUGGAAACUGGGGUGAUCAAAAGAAAGCUCAUCAAGCCAGAGCUGGAGUAUCUCAGGUGUUAAACCGCCUGACUUUUGCGUCUACUCUUUCUCACCUGCGUCGUUUAAAUUCUCCUAUUGGUAGAGAUGGCAAGCUAGCAAAACCAAGACAGUUGCAUAAUACGUUGUGGGGAAUGGUGUGUCCUGCUGAGACCCCAGAGGGCCAUGCUGUAGGACUUGUGAAGAAUUUAGCUUUGAUGGCAUAUAUUUCAGUUGGAUCUCAACCAUCUCCAAUUCUGGAAUUUUUAGAAGAAUGGAGUAUGGAAAAUUUGGAAGAAAUUUCUCCUGCAGCUAUUGCUGAUGCAACCAAAAUUUUUGUUAAUGGCUGCUGGGUUGGAAUACAUAAAGAUCCCGAACAACUUAUGAAUACCCUAAGGAAACUGCGACGUCAGAUGGACAUCAUUGUGUCUGAGGUUUCUAUGAUCAGAGAUAUUCGAGAGAGGGAGAUUCGGAUCUAUACAGAUGCAGGCCGUAUUUGUAGACCACUUCUGAUUGUGGAAAAACAAAAGUUACUUUUGAAGAAGAGGCAUAUUGAUCAAUUGAAAGAGAGAGAAUAUAACAACUACAGUUGGCAGGAUCUUGUGGCCAGUGGGGUAGUGGAAUAUAUUGAUACUCUGGAAGAAGAAACAGUGAUGCUUGCAAUGACUCCAGAUGAUUUACAGGAGAAAGAAGUAGCUUAUUGUUCUACAUACACACACUGUGAGAUUCAUCCAUCAAUGAUCCUUGGUGUCUGUGCAUCUAUUAUUCCCUUUCCUGAUCAUAACCAGUCCCCUAGAAACACAUACCAGUCUGCUAUGGGUAAGCAGGCUAUGGGAGUUUACAUUACCAACUUCCAUGUUCGCAUGGACACAUUGGCCCAUGUUCUCUAUUAUCCUCAAAAGCCACUUGUGACUACACGGUCCAUGGAAUAUCUACGAUUUAGAGAGCUGCCAGCAGGCAUUAACUCAAUUGUGGCCAUUGCAUCAUACACUGGAUAUAAUCAGGAAGACUCUGUUAUCAUGAAUCGUUCAGCUGUAGACCGCGGCUUCUUCAGGUCUGUUUUCUAUCGCUCAUACAAAGAACAGGAGUCUAAAAAAGGAUUUGAUCAAGAAGAAGUUUUUGAGAAGCCUACACGUGAAACAUGCCAGGGCAUGAGGCAUGCCAUUUAUGACAAGCUGGAUGAUGAUGGUUUGAUAGCUCCAGGGGUUCGUGUAUCAGGAGAUGAUGUUAUUAUAGGCAAAACAGUCACCUUGCCUGAAAAUGAAGAUGAAUUGGAGAGCACUAAUAGACGCUAUACCAAGAGGGACUGUAGCACUUUUCUCAGAACUAGCGAGACGGGCAUUGUGGAUCAGGUUAUGGUAACUCUCAACCAGGAAGGAUAUAAAUUUUGUAAAAUAAGGGUCCGCUCUGUUAGAAUUCCGCAGAUUGGAGACAAAUUUGCUAGUCGACAUGGUCAAAAGGGUACUUGUGGUAUUCAGUAUAGACAAGAGGAUAUGCCUUUCACCUGUGAAGGUAUCACCCCUGAUAUCAUCAUAAAUCCCCAUGCCAUCCCCUCUCGUAUGACUAUUGGUCACUUAAUUGAAUGCCUUCAAGGGAAGGUAUCAGCUAACAAGGGUGAAAUUGGUGAUGCUACUCCAUUUAAUGAUGCUGUUAACGUGCAGAAAAUUUCUAAUCUUUUAUCCGAUUAUGGCUAUCAUCUCAGAGGAAAUGAGGUCCUGUACAAUGGGUUCACUGGUCGAAAAAUCACAUCACAAAUAUUUAUUGGCCCCACUUACUACCAGCGUUUGAAGCAUAUGGUGGAUGAUAAGAUUCACUCUCGUGCUAGGGGACCUAUUCAGAUCCUUAAUAGACAGCCCAUGGAGGGUAGAUCUCGUGAUGGUGGUCUGCGUUUUGGAGAAAUGGAACGAGAUUGCCAGAUUGCCCAUGGAGCAGCCCAGUUUUUAAGGGAAAGAUUGUUUGAGGCAUCAGAUCCAUAUCAGGUUCAUGUUUGCAACCUUUGUGGAAUAAUGGCGAUUGCCAACACCAGGACCCAUACAUAUGAAUGCAGGGGCUGCCGCAAUAAAACCCAGAUUUCUUUGGUGCGAAUGCCUUAUGCAUGCAAACUAUUGUUUCAGGAACUUAUGUCUAUGAGUAUUGCACCACGAAUGAUGAGUGUUUAGCUAUUUUACAAGACACGACAAGAUACUUAAAAAUAUCUUGGUGUUAGGGCCGGGCGCGGUGGCUCAAGCCUGUAAUCCCAGCACUUUGGGAGGCCGAGGCGGGUGGAUCACAAGGUCAAGAGAUCGAGACUAUCCUGGUCAACAUGGUGAAACCCCGUCUAUACUAAAAAAUAUACAAAAAAUUAGCUGGGCAUGGUGGUGCAUGCCUGUAAUCCCAGCUACUCAGGAGGCUGAGGCAGGAGAAUUGCCCGAACCCAGGAGGCGGAGGUUGCUGUGAGCCGAGAUCGCGCCAUUGCACUCCAGGCUGGGUAACAAGCGCGAAACUCCGUCUCAAAAAAAAAAAAAAAAAAAAAAAAAUCUUGGUGUCUUGUUUCUAUUGUGUGGCUUUUAAAAAAUGACAAAUAUGUACUGUGUUGUGAUAAAAAGUUUUAUUUGUUUAAUGAUACGCAUGCUUUUCUUUUGUAAAUAUAUAAUAAAUUUUUGUAGAUAA